ACAAACAAACAAACCAUGAGGCAACCAUUGACUCACUCCAAAAGAAAGCACCGCCACAAUGUUGUGUCCACCACCGUAAGAAAACAAAACUCAUCUGACCCUUUCGGCCUGUUUGCUUUGUUAUGGCUCGAUUUAUUCUUAGAAAUCUUGUAUAGGCUCCCUGUGAAGUCACUCCUAGUGCUCAAAUGUGUUUCCAAGUCCUUGAAUUCAUUAAUUUCUGAUCCCAAAUUCGUCAAACAUCACCUUCACUUGUCACAGACUAGACCUUACCACCUCCUCAUACGCAAUUCGGAGCUCCUUCUCGUUGAUUCCCGACUUCCCUCCGUCACUGCCAUCAUCCCGGAUACCACGCACAACUUCCGUCUUAACCCUUCUGACAAUCAUCCAAUCAUGAUUGACUCUUGCGAUGGCAUCAUUUGUUUCGAAAACAGAAAUGAUAACCAUGUUGAUUUGGUAGUGUGGAACCCAUGUACCGGGAAAUUCAAGAUAUUGCCACCUUUGGAAAAUAUACCUAACGGUAAAACUCACACUUUAUACAGCAUUGGGUAUGAUCGUUUUGUUGAUAAUUACAAAGUAGUUGCUUUUUCUUGCCAUCGUCAAAUUAAUAAAUCUUAUAAGUAUUGCAACUCUCAAGUUAGGGUUCAUACUCUAGGUACCAAUUUUUGGAGGAGGAUUCCAAACUUCCCUUCAAAUAUCAUGGGUUUACCCAAUGGGUAUGUUGGGAAAUUUGUAAGUGGCACAAUUAAUUGGGCCAUAGAAAAUCAAAAGAACUAUGAUUCAUGGGUCAUUCUUUCUCUUGAUUUAGGAAACGAGUCCUAUCAAGAGAUUUCACGGCCCGAUUUUGGUCUUGAUGAUCCGGUUCAUAUCUUCACCUUAGGGGUUUCUAAGGAUUGCUUGUGUGUCCUUGUUUACACUGAAACUUUGUUGGGUAUUUGGGUUAUGAAGGAUUAUGGAAAUAAAAAUUCUUGGACUAAAUUGUUCGCAGUUCCGUACGCCAAAGUUGGUUAUCAUGGUUUUGGUUUUGUCGAUCUGCAUUAUAUUUCUGAGGAGGAUGACCAAGUGUUCUUGCACUUCUGUUCCAAAGUAUAUGUUUAUAAUUACAAGAACUCUACUGUAAAGACUCUUGAUAUUCAAGGCCAACCUUCUAUUUUAUACAAUUCUAGUCGUGUAUACUUUGAGAGUCUAUACGAUUCUAGUGGUGUAUACGUUGAGAGUCUCAUAUCACCUUGACCUAUUUGUUCUUAGAGUAUCAUGUGCUGAUUUUUCUGACUCACUUCAUUUGAAAUCUAGUGACUUCUGGCACUAUUGUUCACGUGUUUAUGGGAAAUAUAUUGAUCUGAAACAAAGUGAAAUUUCUCAACUUGAAGGCUUGCAGAAUAGCUUUAUGCAACGCCUUUCUACUAUAGUACACAACUGUAUCAUAUAUGUAUAAAAAUAGUUAUGUAGAUCAACCUACCGAAGCACAUGAAUGUUCUUAUUAUAAAAACCGGUCACAUGUGUAUGGUAACCUGAUGUUCUUCUGUUGUUUAGAAAGGUUUUCUGCUGUGUUUUGUCGGUUCCUCGCCAGUAGCAACUCUUUCUGUUUUUGUGCGUCUGGUUCUGUUUUUUCAGCAUCGGAUUCUGCUGGUUUAUAAUUAUUCCAGAAGAAAAAUUCUGAUCCGGAUAGAUGGUUUCUGCAGGUUCUGUUGGUAAGAACGGAUUUAAGUAACUAGUAGCAAGUCUCCAACACAGCUUUAACACCCAUUCAUUCUAAAUUUUAUCAGGUUAUAAUAGAAUCUGUUUUUAACAAAUAGGGCCUAUUUGGAUCGGCUUAUUUGAGGCUAUCUACUAGCAUAAGUUUUGUGAGACUAUUUGAGAGAAUUUUUUAAAACAAUUUAUGACAAUUUUCAUAA